UCGUUUCUACAUUUCAUCUAAAACGCGUGGACAUUUAUACUGCUGAACCACAAGAAAACAAGAAAUCUGGUACAAUCGCCUAUUUAUUACUACAAGACAACGCAGAUUAUUUUGCCCUUUUCCCAAUUUUUUUCCUUCUUUUUCACACUCUUGGCGGUGGGGUAUUAGUUUACUUGCUUUUUUCCUUUCUGCGGAGUUAUCUAUGUCUGCUGCACUCGGAUGUACCACGAAUCUUCUUUCUUCGAGACGGUGAUACAAUCUGAAACGAAUGUGAGAAAAACCGAGGGGGCGCAUAGUGGAAACCCCUUGUGAGGAAUUCUAGUAAAUUCAGCAUUUGGAGUCAUAAUAAUUGAGUGAUCGGCAUUUGAUAUAGCUCUUGGAAAAAUAUACGAUUAAAGAUAGAUUUGUUGUUGAGUUGAUUAUUAGAUUGGAAAAUUGAAAGUUGGUGUUCAUUUGAGACAAGAUGGUUGAAACUAGUGAGGGGAUUGCUAAUAAUACUGCAUAUACAAAUGGAUUGGCUCGAAGUGGAAAUGGUUCUAUAGAGGAGAAGAUUGAUGAGAUUCGAAAAUUAUUUGGGAAAGCAGAUGGUGAUCCAUUGAGGAUUGUUGGGGUAGGCGCAGGGGCUUGGGGUAGUGUGUUUGCAGCAAUGCUGCAAGAUGCAUAUGGGGGUUUUCGCGACAAGGUUCAGAUUAGGAUAUGGAGGAGAGCUGGGAGGUCUGUUGAUAGAGCCACAGCUGAGCAUCUAUUUGAGGUGAUCAAUUCGAGGGAAGAUGUGCUGAGGAGGCUCAUAAGACGAUGUGCAUAUUUGAAGUACGUGGAGGGGAGACUUGGUGAUCGGAUGCUGUAUGCAGAUGAGAUUUUGAAAGAUGGGUUUUGCUUGAAUAUGAUUGACACUCCACUGUGCCCUUUAAAAGUUGUCACUAACUUGCAAGAGGCAGUUUGGGAUGCUGACAUUGUUAUUAAUGGAUUGCCGUCUACGGAAACUUGUGAAGUGUUUGAGGAAAUUAAUAGGUAUUGGAAGGAAAGGAUUACAGUUCCGGUUAUCAUUUCUUUAGCGAAAGGAAUAGAAGCUGAGUUAGAGCCUGAACCACGUAUAAUUACUCCGACUCAGAUGAUCAAUCGAGCAACUGGGGUGCCAAUGGAUAACAUUCUCUAUCUUGGUGGACCUAAUAUUGCAUCAGAAAUUUACAACAAGGAAUAUGCCAAUGCUCGGAUUUGUGGAGCUGAAAAAUGGAGGAAAUCACUAGCAAGGUUUCUGAGGCAGCCUCAUUUUAUUGUUUGGGAUAAUGGUGACCUUGUUACUCAUGAAGUCAUGGGUGGAUUGAAAAAUGUAUAUGCAAUUGGGGCAGGUAUGGUGGCAGCUUUAACUAAUGAAAGUGCAACAAGCAAGUCGGUGUACUUUGCUCAUUGUACAUCGGAGAUGAUCUUUAUUACUCAUCUCUUGGCAGAAGAACCUGAGAAACUUGCUGGUCCUCUAUUGGCCGACACUUAUGUGACCUUGUUGAAAGGUCGAAAUGCAUGGUAUGGUCAGAAGUUGGCCAAAGGAGAAUUAAGCCUUGAUAUGGGUGAUAGCAUCAAAGGCAAGGGAAUGAUUCAGGGAGUUUCUGCCGUAAAAGCUUUCUAUGAGCUACUUGGUCAAUCUCGUUUAUGUAUUGUUCACCCUGAUGAAAACAACCAUGUUGCUCCAGUCAAGCUAUGUCCCAUCUUGAAGACAUUGUAUAAAAUACUAAUAGUGAGAGAGGUGUCAUCGGAGGCAAUCCUUGAAACUUUGAGAGAUGAAACCAUGAAUGAUCCUCGAGAACGCAUUGAGAUUGCACAGAGCCAUGCUAUCUAUAGACCCUCUCUACUCAGAAAAUAGUGUUAUUACAUUUCAUUCUGGGAUGCCUAGUCUACUAUAUGGAUCAUGGUUGGCAGUUUUAGUGUGUGAAAAUGUUGAGACAGUUUGUUGGGACACACGCUAGGUUUUCAAAUGUUGUACAAAUUUUAUUCUCAAUAAAUUUAGAGUUGGCUAUGAAUUUAUUUA